CCGCGAAGGACUCGGCAGCUCCAGCUUCCUCUUACAAAGCGAAGGUCAGCGCUGGCGGCAGCCUGGGCGACAGGAGCCGGAGACGUUACUGACCUCGCUGGCUUGAGAUGUAUUUGAAUAGUGAAGCUUUCAGAUACAUAAUCUGUAGUACUGAUUUGACUGCCUCACUGAAUCUUGUUGCUGAUAUGUGUUUAAGAUGAGUGGCAUUGGCGAAAACUCUUCUGACCCAGCCAGGGCAGAGUCAAGAAAACGCAAGGAAUGUCCUGAUCAACUUGGACCCAGUCCAAAAAGAAGCACUGAAAAACGUAAUCGUGAACAAGAGAACAAAUACAUAGAAGAGCUUGCAGAGCUGAUUUUUGCUAAUUUUAAUGAUAUUGACAACUUUAACUUCAAACCCGACAAAUGUGCAAUCUUGAAAGAAACUGUGAAGCAGAUUCGUCAAAUAAAAGAACAAGAAAAGGCAGCAGCAGCCAAUGAAGAUGAAGUGCAGAAGGCUGAUGUGUCAUCUACAGGCCAGAGUGUCAUUGACAAGGAUGCCCUUGGACCAAUGAUGCUGGAGGCCCUUGAUGGGUUCUUCUUUGUAGUGAACUUGGAAGGUAAUGUGGUGUUUGUGUCAGAGAAUGUGACACAGUUCUUACGUUACAACCAAGAAGAACUGAUGAACACGAGUGUGUAUAGCAUCCUGCAUGUAGGGGACCAUAAUGAGUUUGUCAGAAACCUGCUGCCAAAAUCCUUAGUGAAUGGGGGACCGUGGUCUAGUGAAGCUCCUAGGCGCAACAGCCAUACCUUUAAUUGUCGGAUGCUGGUAAAACCUUUAACCGAGUCUGAAGAAGAAGGCCAUGAUAACCAGGAAGCACAUCAAAAAUAUGAAACUAUGCAGUGCUUUGCUGUUUCUCAACCAAAGUCCAUCAAGGAAGAUGGUGAAGAUUUGCAGUCUUGUUUAAUAUGUGUGGCAAGAAGAGUUCCAUUGAAGGAAAGGCCACUUCUGCCCUCAUCGGAGACAUUUAGUACUCGCCAAGAUUUGCAAGGCAAAAUAACUUCACUAGACACUAGUACCAUUCGAGCAGCUAUGAAACCCAACUGGGAAGAUGUGGUGAGAAGGUGCAUACAGAAAUUCUAUGCACAGCAUGAAGGAGAGAUGUCUUUUGCCAAAAGGCACCAUCAAGACGUGCUGAGGCAGGGGCUGGCAUUCAGUCCUGUCUAUCGAUUUUCCCUGUCGGAUGGCACUAUAGUUGCUGCCCAAACGAAGAGCAAGCUCAUCCGUUCUCAGACUACUAGUGAACCUCAGCUUGUAAUAUCCUUGCAUAUGCUUCACAGGGAACAGAAUGUUUGUGGAAUGAACCAAGAUCUAACUGGACAAGCAAUGGGAAAGCCAUUGAACCCAAUUAGCUCCAGCAGCCCUGCCCAUCAGGCCAUGUGCGGUGGGAAUCCAGGUCAGGAUAUGACCAUCAGUAGCAAUAUGAAUUUUGCCAUAAAUGGCCCGAAGGAACAAAUGGGCAUGCCAGCGGGCAGGUUUGGUGGUUCUGGUGGGAUGAACCAUGUGUCAAGUAUACAAGCAUCCACUCCUCAGGGUAGUAACUAUGCACUAAAAAUGAAUAGUCCCUCUCAAAGCAGCCCUGGCAUGACACCAGGUCAGCCAAAUUCUAUGCUUUCCCCAAGGCAUCGUGUGAGUCCUGGAGUGGCAGGAAGUCCUCGGAUCCCACCCAGUCAGUUUUCUCCUGCAGGAAGCUUGCAUUCACCUGUUGGAGUUUGCAGCAGCACAGGAAAUAGCCAUAGUUAUACCAACAGUUCCCUCAAUGCACUUCAGGCUCUCAGUGAGGGGCAUGGAGUCUCUCUAGGGUCAUCAUUGGCUUCGCCUGACCUAAAAAUGGGUAAUUUACAAAAUUCCCCUGUAAGUAUGAAUCCUCCCCAGCUAAGCAAAAUGGGAAGCCUGGACUUGAAAGAUGGCUUUGGACUUCAUGGGGAGCAAUCGGAAGGUACAACUGGACAAGCAGAGAAUGUCUCCCAUUCAGGAGAGCAGAAAGAAAGUAAUGAUAACAUGCCCCAGGUUGUAAGUGGUGACAGGUCUGAUGGACAAAACAGACUACAUGAUGGCAAAAGCCAGACAAAGCUCUUACAGCUGCUGACCACCAAAUCUGAUCAGAUGGAGCCUUCACCUUUGUCUAACGCUAUGGGAGAUGCUAACAAGGACUCCAUGGGUUUAUCUGGUUCUGGUUCAGCACAUGGAACCUCGCUCAAGGAGAAGCAUAAAAUUUUGCACAGACUCUUGCAGGAUAGCAGUUCUCCUGUAGACUUGGCCAAGCUCACAGCAGAGGCCACAGGCAAAGAAUUGAGCCAGGAGACCAGUAGCACAGCUCCUGGUUCAGAGGUGACUGUUAAACAGGAACCAGUGAGUCCCAAGAAGAAAGAAAAUGCACUACUUCGCUACUUGCUAGAUAAAGAUGAUACUAAAGAUAUUGGUUUACCAGACAUUACCCCGAAACUGGAACGGUUGGACAGUAAGACAGAUCCUUCCAGUAGCACAAAGCCAGUAGCUAUGAAGACAGAGAAAGAAGAGAUGCGCUUUGAGCCUAAUGAACAGCCCAGCAGCGAGCUAGAUAAUUUGGAAGAAAUUCUGGAUGAUCUGCAAAAUAGCCAGUUGUCGCAGCUUUUCCCGGACACCCGACCAGGUGCUCAGAAAACAGCAGGAUCGGUUGACAAACAAGCCAUCAUCAAUGACCUCAUGCAGAUCACAGGUGAAAACAGCCCUGGCACUCCUGUUGGAGCCCAGAAACCAUCAAUGAGGAUCUCGCAGAGCACUUUUACUAACUCACGAUCAGCACAGUUGGGAAGGAUGUUACCAAACCAGAAUUUACCACUUGACAUCACUUUGCAAAGCUCAUCAGGUGCUGGAUCUUUCCCACCCAUAAGAAACAACAGUCCAUAUUCAGUGAUACCUCAGCCCGGAAUGAUGGGCAAUCAAGGAAUGAUGGGAAAUCAAGGAAAUCUAGGGAACAGUAGCCCAGGGAUGAUGAGCAGUAAUACCCCUCGGCCCAACUUGCCAUCAGGCGACUGGGGAACCCAAGGUGCUGCUGUCAGGGUAACUUGUGCUACCACAACAAGUGCCAUGAACAGGCCAGUCCAAGGAGGCAUGAUACGUAACCCAACGUCCAGCCUUCCUGUGAGACCCAGUAGUCUCCCUGGCCCAAGGCAAAUGCUUCAAUCUCAAGUUAUGAAUAUUGGAGCUUCGGAACUUGAAAUGAAUAUGGGAGGUCCUCAAUAUAGCCAGCAGCAGGCUCCUCCAAAUCAAACUGCUCCAUGGCCAGAUAGUAUCUUGCCCAUAGAUCAGACAUCUUUUGGUAAUCAGAACCGGCAACCAUUUGGAAGCUCUCCUGAUGAACUGCUGUGUCAACAUCCUGCAUCAGAGUCUCCAAGUGAUGAGGGAGCUCUUCUUGAUCAGCUUUACAUGGCACUGAGAAAUUUUGAUGGUCUCGAAGAAAUUGACAGAGCUCUAGGGAUACCAGAACUAGUCAGCCAGAGCCAAGCUGUGGAUCCAGAGCCAUUUUCAAGCCAGGAAUCAAACAUCAUCCUAGAACAAAAGGCACCUGUCUUCACACAGCAGUAUGCCUCUCAGGCUCAAAUGGCCCAGGGCAACUACACACCAAUGCAGGACCCAAACUUCCAUCCAAUGGCCCAGCGACCAGGUUAUGCUGCACUACGUAUGCAACCUAGACCAGGUCUGAGGCCUGCUGGCAUAGUACAGAACCCACCAAAUCAGCUGAGGCUACAACUGCAGCAUAGACUUCAAGCACAGCAGAAUCGUCAGCCACUGAUAAAUCAGAUCAGCAAUGUUCCCAAUAUGAACAUGCCUCUGAGACCUGGAGUACCAACACAGGGACCUAUCAAUGCACAGAUGCUGGCCCAGAGGCAGAGGGAGAUAUUGAGUCAGCAUCUACGGCACAGACAGAUGCAGCAGCAAGUACAGCAGCGAACCCUGAUGAUGCGAGGACAGAGCAUGAAUAUGACACCAAGUAUGGUGGCUUCUGGUGGCAUACCAGCAACAAUGAGCAACCCACGGAUUCCCCAGGCAAACCCCCAGCAGUUUCCCUUUCCUCCAAACUACGGAAUAAAUCAGCAGCCUGAUCCUGGCUUCACUGGAGCCACCACUCCCCAGAGUCCUCUGAUGUCCCCAAGAAUGGCCCAUACCCAGAGUCCCAUGAUACAGCAGUCUCAGGCCAAUCCUGCCUACCAGUCCUCUACUGAGAUGAAUGGAUGGGCACAAGGAAAUAUGAGUGGAAACAGCAUGUUUUCACAACAAUCUCCACCACACUUUGGGCAGCAAGCAAACACCAGCAUGUACAAUAACAACAUGAACAUCAAUGUAUCCAUGGUGACCAACACAAGUGGUAUGAACAACAUGAACCAGAUGACAGGGCAGAUCAGCAUGACCUCAGCAACCUCUGUGCCUACAUCAGGGUUGUCCUCCAUGGGUCCUGAGCAGGUUAAUGAUCCUGCUAUGAGAGGAGGCAAUCUUUUUCCAAACCAGCUACCUGGAAUGGAUAUGAUAAAGCAGGAGGGAGACGCAUCACGGAAAUAUUGCUGACCCUGAAGAUUGCUGAUUUCUUCAACUGACUGGGCUGCCGGGCCCAAACUACUUAGUAGUUUGAAGAGCUGCAUAUUUUGGUUUUGCCCCAACUGUUCUGCCAGCCAGUUCUGCUGGAGAAAGUAUAGUGCUGCAAACAGAACACCACUCUCAGUGGAGACGAAACAGUUGUUGGUGGAAGAGCAGCCUCCUCUUUGACAGUCUGAAGCUAGCGUACAGACAGUUGCUCAGUCUGUUCACUGCAUUCACCUUAGUGCAACUUAGAUCUCUCCUGCAAAGUAAAUGUUGAUAGCCAGUUUUCAUAAACCAUGUCAGAUUGAAUGUAUUUAAAUGUAUGUAUUUAAAGAAAAACAACCAUGCUCUUGUUUCUGUUCUUUUUUAUUUUAGAUCCCUGGUAUCUUCCUUUGUUUUCCUUAGCUACUCAGUCUGGUGCAAAGGAUUCCAUUCCAUCUGGAAAUUAGUAGUUUCAUAAUUUGUCCUCCACUUUGGUAGGGGAGGAGUGAGAUAGGUGAUGAGUUCAGCGAUGGGUGGCAAACAAAGAGUGUAGACAUCUGAGUAACUGGUAUGGGGGGGAGAUAUCUAGUGAAUAGAUAAAACUAAGGUAGAAAAUAAAACCAGUCAGUCUUGAAUAUGUUUAAAUUUGUAAAGGGGCUAAAAUAUCCUCUGAGAGGGCUGUCUUAUAUAGCAUUUUGGUUACUUUUACUCAAAUCAUGAAUCAAAAUACAAUUUCAGUUCCCAUUUUAACUGAUUUCGUCAUAAUAAUUAAGUAAACAUCACUUUCCUCCUGCUUUUCCUUGCCCUUAUUCUGUUUGUAUUUCUCAUUGGAUAGAGAAAUGAAUAACCCCAUCAUACCCCUAGGUCUGUUACCUGUGUUCUAGGUUGGUGGUAACUAACUGCUGAGUAACAACUUUAAAUGAGGGGGCAUCUACUGGUGAUGGAAGUGGCAGGAUUGAGGCAUAAUGUCAGAUCUAAAGGCAUCUGAUUUAAGUGAUAAUUUUUUUGUUUUCCUGUAUCCACAAUGGAAAAGCAAUGACUUAAGCUAUGACAGACAUCACUACAGAGUUAACCAUCAUGUUCUAAUUAUUUUUGAAGCAGUGUGGACUAUGAGGAAGUUUUGUAAGGUACAUAAAAAACAGUUUCUGUGUAAACAAGCAAUAAUUUAAGUUGAAAACUUUAGUGUUUUAAUUGUAUAAUUUUGUGAGGUAUACAUGUUGUGGAGUUGAUUUCCAAAUGAGGUACUUCAGUAUUAAAUUAGAUAUCUUCAUAGCUGUGUGUGUCUCCUGGGGGAAAAAAGUGUUUUGUAAAGGAUCACAAUGCCUUGAUUAGACCUAAUUUGUAGGCUUGAGACUCUUUCAUUUUCUAAACCUUGCAAUUCUGCUCAUAGAAGUCAUUUAUCUAACUUAUAUUAUAUGCAGCCACUGUAGGAGCCAACUUUUUUGUAUGUUUAUAUUCUUUCUUAAUGAAUCUUAGAGAAACUGCUAUUCAGCAGGCCACUCUUAAAGUGGUUUUACUGUUGCCUGCUGUGGUUGUUAUAAGCUGGCAUCAGUUUCUAAGGACUUGAAAUAUCAGGAAACUGAUUGUUUUCAACUUCCUGAUUGUCUUUCCCACCACCAUCCACAGUUUCUUGUCCCCACAAUCCACACACUUUCGUACCUGAGCUCAAAUUUUGGAUGUUCUUUAAAAUGCAAUGCAUUUUAUAGUAUCUUGAUCAUCAGUCAUGUCUUUGGGAGUGGAAGGUUUGUUACCUUGGUCUCAUUUGCUUGUGAUGAAGGUUAAAAUAUACAAAGAAUCUGACUUACAUAGAAUGCUGAAGAUAAUAUAUAGAAAACCUUUCUAACCAUUUAUUUCCUGUUGAGUGACCUCCUCUUACACAGGGAGAAAUGCUCUUCUCAGCAUUCACCACUUUGUCGGUUAAAGUUGAAACUAACUGUUCAGACAACUGAGCCAUCUGGUGGAAAUCUAAAGUAGAUAUCAGCCCUGUGCUCCAUAACAUUGAAAAAAAAUACUUUUAAAAAUGAUGCCUGACAAACUUAUGCAAGAAGUAACCUAAAUUUAGAGGAAUUAGAACUCUCUGCAUUAGUUUAAAUUAAAAAUAGUUUACCUUUGAACUCCUUUAAUUAUUAUUUCUCCAACAUUUUGUAAUUGACCCAUUGGAAAAAUAGUGAAAUCUGUAACUUUGAAAGAGCAUCUGGAAUUUCCUUUGAGACUUCAAUCCAGUUGAAAAAUGAGAGUAUUUGUAUAUAUCACAAAUUUCUUGGGUUCAUACAAAUGUCGUUUAAUCUAAAUUAACUAAUUAAAGAUAGCAAAUUCAGGCAUUUCUGGAGGCUAAUGAUAUUAGAAACAAAUAAAAAAGCUGCCAAAUAAAUUUCUUUUUAUAAUCAGUAUUUCUUAUUUAGUACACGGUAUAGUUGUUAGACAAAAUCACUGGGUUUUAUGUUGUAGAAACAUAAUCAGUGUCUGUUCAUAUUACUUGAAUGUGAAAGGCACACAGUAGGAAAGAUACACACGACCAGCUCCCUGCCACAAUGCUCCAUUCAAUCAAGUUCAGGUAAGGCGAUAGCUUAAAUCAAGAAAUGUAUCAUUUUCAACAGGUAACAAGUUAUUCAAAGUUUUAAAAUAUCAGCCCCCAUCAGUCCUUUCUAUCGGUCUAUAGUAACUGAAAACAAUGUUUUUGCCAUUUAUACAAUGCGUUUUUAAUCUGUGUUUUAAAAUGGAGUUCAUAUGGGCUUAACACAGGAAAAGAGUGGUUCAGCUCUACUUGCAAAACCCAAAGAUACACAAUCAGUUUUGAAAUGCAACUUAAGCCAUUAAUUGUUGGUGUGAAUUUAAAGUUUUCUAGUAUUUGUAUGGUAGUAUUGCUGCCUAAAAGCAAAAGCAUUCUCUGCACAAAAGAAAAAUUACUGUAGUGGCUUUGGUUUUUAAUUAGAAUUUUCUCCCUGGUGUUUCUUUGUAGACUAAAACAAAAUCUUUUCAGUUUCUUACUACAGGUAAAGCUAUGUGCAAGAACCUCAAAAUGCUAAAAUCUAGCAUAAUGCCUUAGAUCUGUUUUUAAGUCUUGUAUAUUCCUACAUAGCUGUCUGAUGUAUUAUAUUUGUAUAGUGAAUUGUGUACAAUUUUGGAAUAAGCGCAUCAUCACUUAGCUUUCAGUCGUUGAAUAGAGAUGAUGGACACAUUUCUUCAGACAUUUGACUCUCAUUUAAUUUGUUUCCCUUUUUUGUCAUUUGUGGGUUUUAUUUGUACAGUUCCUCAUGAAGUUGCAUCUGAGAUGUGUAUGAGUGUGUGUAUAUGAAAAGAUUAUACGAGGGUAAAACUAAGCAAUAUAUAAACUAUGGUUCUUCAGGAGAAAGCUUACAGUGUUUUCAGGUUGUGAUUUAUUUUCAAAACUGAGUUGACUCUGAACAUCACUUUGUUCACCUGCAUUGAUGUUUGUAUUUCUA